AGCUUCCUUUGUUGUUCAGCGUACUUCACGAUACCACAUAAUCACAAACAAAAUAUUUACGAAUGGCUACGACACUAGAUAUCAGGGCCUUGCUUAUAGCUUCUCCCCCUACCACUCAGGCGGCAACCACGACGGGCGAGAAGAGGAAGCGUGCGCCGGCGAAGAAGCAGACGAGUGCUCAAGGCAAUAGAAGGAUCACCUUGGCUGAUGGCGAGGAAGUGGAUGUAACGGGUAUCAAUGUGACGAGCGUGGUUGCGAGGCCUGAAGUCCUGGAGGCGUUGAAGGCCCGGAUUAUUGAGCUCGAGGAUCAAUUGGGUACCCAACCUCCGCCGGUGAAACGCGCUCGCAAGGCCGCCGCCUCUCCUGACGACGACAACGAUAGCAAAGCCGGGCCCUCCACUUCUGCCGCAGCUGCUGUCGCUACUACUAGCAGCGGUCUCUCGAAAGCGGAAGAGAAGAAGACCAAGGUGCAGUUGAAGAAGAUAUUCGACAGAGUGAAGAAAGAGUGCAAAUCCGACAACUGUAAGUUCCAAGGCGGGUCGAAGACGAUCAAGAUCGACGAGGUGCUCGAGCCUUCAGAGUUUGAGGCGAUCUUUGGAGGGAAGGGCGUGCUCAUCCAGCCGACGCCACAGAACAAACCGAAGUCGACCGUGACGAUUAUCGAAUUCCGAAACACCGCCCAGGUCAACGCUCUCCUAGGACCCGAUCUCACCAAGCAACUCCCACUGAAAGGCAACCGCUGGUCUAGAGGCGGCGUCCCUACCCGUACCUUUGGUGGUGGCUUUGGUGGCUUUGGGUCCACGUUCUCCAAGUCCGCGAAGCUGGGACAGUGCGAUGUUGAGAUUCAGAGCUUGGACGUGAAUUAUUCGAAGAAUGGGAUGAAGUGCACGCUUAAGUUUGAAGUGGGAGAGAUCGGUGGUGGGGGGUGUGGGUAUGGAGACUGGGAUGAUUACUAAUAAAUCUACUCCGUCUUUGUGCAACCGCUGU